UAGUGCUAUUUUUGUUUAUAAGUCGUCCUUUCUUGUAUGUCAUGCGAGUGCGAGUUUCAUAGUGUUUUAUAGUAAAAUAAAUUGAUUUGUACAGUUGUAAAUUUCCGUAUUUAUAUAAUUUAGCCGCUUUACACCGAAACUUUAUCUAGUUUUUUUAUUUAAUUUAUUCUCUAAAAAAAUGUCCACUCCAGCGCGACGACGCCUCAUGAGAGAUUUCAAACGGUUGCAGGAAGACCCCCCAACUGGUGUCAGCGGAGCACCCACAGACAAUAACAUUAUGAUAUGGAAUGCCGUCAUUUUCGGACCACAUGACACACCGUUCGAAGACGGGACAUUUAAAUUAACUAUCGAAUUCACAGAAGAAUAUCCCAAUAAACCGCCCACGGUCCGGUUCGUGAGUCACAUGUUUCACCCCAAUGUAUACGCCGAUGGGGGCAUCUGCUUAGAUAUUUUACAGAACAGGUGGAGCCCCACGUACGACGUGUCGGCGAUUUUAACUUCAAUUCAAUCGUUACUCAGCGACCCCAACCCCAAUUCGCCUGCGAACUCGAUGGCCGCACAACUCUACAAAGAAAACAGAAGAGAAUACGAGAAGCGAGUAAAAGCGUGUGUGGAACAAAGCUUUAUUGACUAGCGCCUUCGCAAAAAAGUGUAUACCUGAUGAGCUAUUUUCUGUGCUUCUAAAUUACAGCCACGCCUAUCGUUAUUAAGUUGCUACUGACUCUACUUUAUCAAAAAAGGAUUUCUGCAACUUUCACUGAAUAGGUAUUCUAUAACAUUGUUUGUGUACUUGUUUCGGGUUCUAAAUUUUGUUUCAAUUUUCACAGUUUCAGUUACGUGUAUGUACUCUACAAUAACACUAUUAAGUAAAUUUUUAAAAGUAAUCAAUGUAUUCUUUUAAGGUACUUUCAGUUUGUUACACGUUUAUUUAAAUAUAGUUUUGUGUUAAUCUAUUAAUGUUUUCCUCUUUUCCGUACGGUCCACCUAAUGAAGGGUAUUCAAUGUGUUACUGAUUGCAUAUACUUAAAUAAAUUAUUAUAAAUAA